UCGCUUCACCUCAGUCAAGCUCCAGCGCUCCAGCCGGCAGCAGCAUCGGGCUAACAAGUCUUUGUGAGGAGAGAGAGAGAGAGAGAGGGAGGGAGAGAGAGAAAACAGGAAGAGGAAGGGAGGAGGGGGUGCAGACGGUGAGAGAGCUGACAGCCUGAGCAUAGGAUGAGGGUGCACAGGGAGAAAGCAUAAGAUAGACAGAGGCAGAAGUGCUCAGUGCUGCACAAUAGUGCCAGAGGCUGCUGGAGAGAGAGAGGGAGGGAGAGUCAGGCAUCAUGGCAGCGCUCACUGCAUCAUCACGACACAUGGGGAUGUUUGGCUGCCGCUGCUGGUGAACACCGUGUGAUGCAGAGGAGCGACUCGAGGACUUCCUGGAAACCAGAGGCGAGCCGAGGAAACAGGUGUGACGUGCGGGAGGAGCCACAGGAUGAGUGGGAUUCUGAAGAGGAAGCUCGAGGAGGGUCCGGCCCCCUACCUCUCGCUGCAGGGCUCUGAGGAUGACGAGGUUUCCUGCAGCGACAGCGGCAACAGCAGCGACAGCCUCAACCAUCCCGUUCCCUCUGGGCUGCUGGACUCUUCUCUGCAGCAGCACUCAAAGCGACUCCGGGGCCGCAACGUGCACUUUGAGAGCGUGACAGUCUACUACUUCAACCGGCGGCAGGGCUUCACCAGCGUGCCCACGCAGGGCGGCAGCACCCUGGGCAUGUCGCCACGUCACAGCGGGGUGAAGCGCUUCACCCUCAGGGAGUUCGCCAUGGAGCAGAAGAGGAGCCACCGCAACAUGCUGAGGGAUCAUCUCAAGGAGGAGAAGCUCAACGCCAUCAAACUCAAAAUGACAAAGAACGGCACCGUGUCAUCCGUGGAGGCCGACACCCUCACGCUCGAUGACAUCUCUGAGGACGACCUGGACGUGGACAACACAGAGGUGGACGAUUAUUUCUUCCUCCAGCCUCUGACCACCAGGAGACGCCGCGCCCUCCUCCGGUCCUCGGGGGUCCGACGCAUCGACGUGGAGGAGAAGCACGAGCUGCGUUCCCUCCGCGUGUCCCGGGAGGAGUGUGGGUGCCGGUGCCGCGGGAUAUGUGACCCUGAGACGUGUGCUUGCAGCCUGGCCGGCAUUAAGUGCCAGGUAAAUGGAACUGUGGUGGACCGCAUGUCAUUUCCCUGCGGCUGCACCAAAGACGGCUGCAGCAACGGCACAGGACGCCUGGAGUUCAACCCGGUCCGGGUGCGCACCCACUUCCUGCACACCAUCAUGAAGCUGGAGCUGGAGAAGAGCCGCGACGAGCAGCAUCAGCAGCAGCAGCCAGAGCAGCAGCUUGUAACCAAUGGCAACGGUUACCAUGGAGACUCCUCCUUGGUCCGGCAGCAGCAGCAGCAGCAGCCGAACCUGCAGUUUCCACUGAUGAGCGCCACGCCGCACAUUCCCAUCAUGCACCUCCAGAACACAGGCGACGCAGAUUUACAUCUAGAUGAGGAGGAGGAGGAGGAAGAGGAGGAGGAGGAGGAAGACGAGGAAGAGGAUGAAGAUGAUGAAGCGUAUGAGGAAGACGAGGAUGGCAGCAGUAUGUGCAGCGGGCUGUCAGACUGCAGCACGCACAGCUUGGAAACAAUCGACCCCGAGGAUGGAGAAGAGGACGAGGAGGAUGAGGAAGAUGAGGAGGACGAGGACGAGGAAGAUGAGGAAGAGGAGGAGGAAGACUGGGAGUGUUCACUACCUCCGCCCUACUCUGUCCCACUUCCUUCUGUGCUGAGUUACUCCAACAACACACUCAUGAGCCUCAGUAACCCCUUCCACAGCACCCCCCCCAUGCAGCACUAUCAGAUGGACGGCUCAGUGAAGGACACUCCCGCUUUCCUCAGUGAAAACGCCACCGCCGCCCCCACCCUCCCCACCCUCCCCACAGUGGAGACCGCACUCGAGGCCGAAAUAAACACUGAGCCCCACUGCCGAACGUUCCCAGGCCCCACAGAGUCCCUGACACUCCAGACCCGUUCACAUGUAGACACCCGUGAGACGAGCACCGCAGCCAAUGAGCGGCCGCGCUCCACAGACCUCCAGAACGGUCCAGACGACCAUGACUCACACACUGAGGCUGUGGAGCAGACAGGGGAGGAAAUAGGAGAGCCAUUACAGAAGCGGCUGAAAGAGCAGGGAGCCGAGCCCGAUGGAAAGACAGACGCGUCGUGCUCACAGAGCGCCUGAUGAUUCAGACCCUUCAGAAAGGGAGCGCUUGUUAUUUGGAAAUCUUUAUUCAAGAAUUGUGACCUUCCAGCGUCGGAGGUUUAUUCUUGAUAAGUGCACUUCCAAAGAGAGAGGGUGAUCUCAUUCUAGCUCAGUUUGUCUGGAAACCUUUUCAAGAUCAACUGGCCAAUAAAACAGUGUUUCUGUAUCUUACCUGUAACUACAUGAAGUAUCACUUCUGCCUUGUUCUGAAGUCUUUGAUUAUUACAGCAUGUUUUCUGGAUGUGGGGCGUCAGUGACUGAUCCAUGAGAUUGUGAGGUGCCCGUAUCGUUUCACUAUUCCCCAUCGUGCUGGUGUGUCACCCCCGCUGCUAGUCGUUCUUGGAUGCCUGUCUGUAUCGCAUGUGUUCUGUUUGGACUCUCACACAAACUGUAAAAUGAUAAACGAUGUCACUGGCAAAACAACAGCAUUCGUAUGAAUUAUAGACAACACAGUGGACACGAGUUGUGUUUUUGUUCCUGUUCUGUGCUCAGUUUUUAUCCACGCUCGCAGUGUAGCGGACUAUCGCAUGGAUUGCUUUAGAUUUGGUUUAGAAAUGUAUGUUCCCCGCAGGAGGUAUUUCAUUAACGUAUCAAUAAAUAUUUUUAUAUUAACAAUG